UUACAUGUAGAAAACACUUUGUAUUUCCUCCUAACUUUCUUCAUGCUAGCAUGGGUGGUGAGUGUUGAUAUGUGGUGAUAUCAAGCGAUCAUAAGUUCAGUGGAGAUUAUGUUGAAUUUGGCAAGUGUAGAUAUUACAAAGCAAGCAAUUAUUGAUCGCUUGUUGGAUGGAGUAAAGCAAUGUCAGGUACGAUUUGGUAGUACAACCGAAUUGGCUUCUGAGAAGGAUAGCAGAAUCUCUUGUCUUUGUGAGCAAUGGAACAUUGUUCUUCAAUUUGGCAUUAAAUCCACAAAAAAGAUAAAUUCUUUAAGGCAGGUGUUAAUGAGAUCUGAAGGUCAAUCUGUGUUCUGGCUAUUUAUCAAGGAGCAUCUUAGCUCUAGUGAAAUAAAGACAUAUAAUUCUUUACCUAAUGUAAUGACAGAUGUUGGUAGAGCUCAAGCAUGGCUUAGGUCUAGUUUAAACGAGCAAUCACUGGAGAAAUAUCUUCAUAGCUUCAUUGGGCAUAAACAAUUGCUUUUUCAGUAUUAUGAGCAAGAUGCAUUAUUAUUGGAUGAUGAACGAUCUAGUAUGUUACCAAUGAUGGCUGCUGGCUUAAGUUCAAUUCUUUUUGCAAUUGACAUUGACAAAGCUGAGUUUAACUCUAUUACUGUACAGAUUCCAGGCAAUAUCAGCCAAGCAGUUUCUCGUCCAACAUCAAUAUGGGCUGUACCAUCACCAAUGUAUCACGACGUACAUGCUCGUGGUAACCAUGCUUUCACUAAAAGGCCUGACGAUUUUCUUGAAAUGCCAAAGAACUCUCAGUUGGCUUAUUGUUCGAAUUCUGAGAAUUCAAGUCUUUCUUCCACAAUGGCGAAAUCCAACGUUGAGAACAAGGAGAAUGAAACAGAUGAACAAGUGGCUCGAUUAACAAAGAAAAGCCUGGAAGCUUUGCAUCUUGAAAACGAGUUUAAAACUGAGAAUGAUUUGAAAAAAAUCAUUCUUUGA